UUUUCUCUUACAUUCGUUCCAUCAAGACCCAUCCUCUUUGUAUUAACCAAAUUCGGAGCGUAUGUGGCCGAGUGUCUGCCAAAAUACGUCCAAAAAGUGCGGAUAGGUCAUGUGAAGGAACUGGAGAUAUGUAUUCAUCCGGAUGGGAUUGUUCCAGUGCUUUCCUUCUUGAAAAAUCACCACAACGCGCAGUUUUGUUGCCGAUAUCACAGCGAUGGACGUACCGACCAGACCAUUGUCUACAAUCUUCUCUCACUUCGAUACAACUCCAGAAUACGUGUUUUGACUUAUACGGACGAACUGACUCCAGUAGAUUCGUCUUGCAGCGUUUUUCAAGCUUCCAAUUGGUAUGAGCGUGAGAUUUGGGAUAUGUACGGUGUCUUUUUUGCCGAUCAUCCGGAUUUGCGACGCAUCCUCACGGACUACGGUUUCCAGGGACAUCCGCAACGUAAGGAUUUUCCAUUGACCGGUUACACUGAGAUGCGCUACGAUGAUGAGUACAAACGAGUGGUUAUUGAACCGGUGGAACUGGCCCAAGAAUUUCGUAAAUUCGACUACAACAGUCCGUGGGAAACGUUCCCCGCGUUUCGUGAUCCAAAAGCGGAUGCGGAUAAGGCGAAAUUGUUGGACAGUGAAAAACCAAGUGAAGAACCACCAAAAUUGAAAGAGAAAUAA